AUGGCGAGCAAUAUCCUCCCCGGCCAUGGCAAUGGUCACAGAGAUGAAUCAACCCCGCUUCUGCCGCAGAUCUCAAGUCACAUCGCCCACGAGGGAGAAAGCGGGAGAAGCGGUUUCCAUCCUCGUCAUUUCCUUGCUGUUCUCUGGCGAAGCUCUUGCACCGCGUCGAAAUGGGUAAACAUCCUCUGGCCGUUUGUCCCCAUCGCUAUCAUCCUUCAAUUCUUCCCUGGCCUGCAUCUCUGGAAGUUUGCUACCGCGUAUAUUGCUGUCAUUCCAACUGCCAAUCUACUUGGCUUCGCUGGACAGGAGUUUGCGCGGAAGUUGCCCAAGGUAGCUGGUAUUCUCAUCGAGACGACGUUUGGGUCUAUCAUUGAGAUUAUUCUCUUCAUUGUCUUGCUUUCGAAGCAUGAGACCAACUCUCCUGAAGAUAACGGCGAUGAAGGCAAUCUUAUCCCCAUCAUCCAAGCCGCGAUCCUCGGUAGCAUCCUGACAAAUCUUCUCCUCUGUCUCGGCCUCUGUUUCUUCGUCGGCGGCCUCAAGCAAGCCAGCCAAAAGUUCCACGCCAUUGUCUCAGAAGUCGGUACUGGACUCCUGCUUGUCGCAGCAUUUGGCCUCCUCAUCCCCAGCGCCUUUUACUCCGCCCUCAAGGCCGAGGUUGUACCCGACUUUCCAGGCUUCCGAGUUCUACACGAGAAGUUCACGGAGGGUAAACUCCAAGACGAUGUUCUUCGCAUCAGUCAGGCAACGUCUAUUGCACUGAUUGUUGCAUUCUUCUUCUACAUCUGGUAUCAGGCCAGCAGCCAGCAUAGUAUCUUCGAUGAGGUUAUCGAGAUGGAUGAGCACCGAGAUGCUGAUCGCGAGGCUGAUAUGGAGAAGCCCAAGUUUACUAUGACCGAGGCUAUUGUCGCUAUAUUGAUUGCUCUUGCUUUUGUAACCGCUCUUCUCAUCUUCCUUGUCGAGAAGAUUGAACAUGUUGUUGAGAGUGGAGUGCCUGAUCAGUUCUUGGGUCUCAUCCUUUUGCCUUUUGUUGAGAAGGCUGCCGAGCACCUCACAGCUAUUGACGAAGCAUACGAUGGCGUUAUUAACGUCGCCCUGUACCACUGCCUCGGACCAUCCAUCCAAACUGCCCUUUUCAACGGCCCCCUUGUCGUUCUCGUCGGUUGGGCCAUCGGAAAGCCCAUGGACCUGAACUUUGAGAUCUUCAUGAUUGUUCUUCUUGUCUUGUCCAUCUUGGUGGUUGGAAACUUCCUCCGUGAUGGCGAGUCCAACUGGCUUGAGGGUGCACUCCUCGUGGUCAUCUAUGCUAUUAUUGCUAUCGCGUGCUGGUACUAUCCAAACCCUGACGUGGCUACUUCAAAUGGCCUCGAAGGUUCUGAGAUGAUCAACGUCACUAUGAGUGUUGAUACUCUGCGUCAAUUGCAGCAACUUAUCAAUGCGCAGCUGCCGCAGAAAUGA